AUGCGGCGCAGCGCGAAAAGCCCUUCCAGAAGCCUCGGCCUCGGUCAGGGAAACGGGCGUAGGGAAGACAGAGAAGAGAAAGAAGAAGAAGAGAAAGAAGAAGAAGAGAAAGACGAAGAAGAGAAAGACGAAGAAGAGGAAGAAGAAGAAGAGGAAGAAGAAGAAGAGAAAGAAGAAGAAGAGAAAGACGAAGAAGAGAAAGACGAAGAAGAGAAAGAAGAAGAAGAGAAAGACGAAGAAGAGAAAGACGAAGAAGAGAAAGACGAAGAAGAGAAAGACGAAGAAGAGAAAGACGAAGAAGAGAAAGAAGAAGAAGAGAAAGGAGAAGAAGAGAAAGACGAAGAAGAGAAAGACGAAGAAGAGAAAGACGAAGAAGAGAAAGAAGAAGAAGAGAAAGACGAAGAAGAGGAAGAAGAAGAAGAGGAAGAAGAAGAAGAGAAAGAAGAAGAAGAGAAAGACGAAGAAGAGAAAGACGAAGAAGAGAAAGAAGAAGAAGAGAAAGACGAAGAAGAGAAAGACGAAGAAGAGAAAGACGAAGAAGAGAAAGAAGAAGAAGAGAAAGACGAAGAAGAGAAAGACGAAGAAGAGAAAGAAGAAGAAGAGAAAGACGAAGAAGAGAAAGACGAAGAAGAGAAAGAAGAAGAAGAGAAAGACGAAGAAGAGAAAGACGAAGAAGAGAAAGACGAAGAAGAGAAAGAAGAAGAAGAGAAAGACGAAGAAGAGAAAGACGAAGAAGAGAAAGAAGAAGAAGAGAAAGAAGAAGAAGAGAAAGGAGAAGAAGAGAAAGACGAAGAAGAGAAAGAAGAAGAAGAGAAAGAAGAAGAAGAGAAAGGAGAAGAAGAGAAAGACGAAGAAGAGAAAGAACGUCUAGAUUGGGUGCAAGUCUUGCCGUGA